CUUCAUUUUAUGCAAAGAGCAGAGCAGAGCAGAACAGCACACAUCUCCGAAUUAUGAUGGUAGCUGACGUCUUUACURACAAUGUGGCAGCGUCCUCGCCAUCGACUGACAUGAUCGUAGUCGGUGAAUCACUCAACCGACCCUCAGCUACAGAUAACAGCAGAUCGAAUAGAAUGAGCAGCAGCUUCAGCAAAGAGAGCAAGGAGAAAUCCUUCAAAAGGGGGAUUGCCAAGGAUGCCAUGGUUCUCGAGGAAGGAGACCGAAAAACUAGUGGGUCCGCUACGGAAAUUCGUUCCGUAUCUUCGAGCCCCAAAAAAGAGGCAAGCCAGAAAGAAAAGAAGAAAAAGAGUUCUGCAUCAUCAUCGUCGUCGUCGUCGUCGUCGUCGUCUAAAAUGAGAAGCAGCGGCAGCAGCAGCGGUAGCUGUACUAGUACUGGUACAAGUGCUACCACCGAGAUUACGAACCAAGCUCUGGAGGCCGGCUCGAACACAAAGGACUCACCCGAACCAUCCUCUGGGUCGAGSAGCAACCACAGCCAAAGCACCACCAAAAUUAAAAACRGCAACAAAMASCGCGACACCAGCAAGAAGAAAAAGAAAAAGUCUUCCAAAAAGACGGCGGAUUCUUCGAGCGGCAGCGCCAAGAAGUCCCGGCCUCCGGAUACGAAGGCCACCCGCGAGCGCAGAGAACUCUCGUUCGCUUCGAUUCACGGAAGGAGUCUCCAYAAAUCAAACAAGAAGCGGGGUGGCAUCGGAAACUCACCCGCUGUUCUUUCGAGAGACGACAGCGAGAACAACGUAAAAAAGAAGAGCGCCCUGAAACAAAAGAGGGAGGAGCAGCARAGGAAACUYCGGGAGCAAUCGGAGGGUUCGUCCGCGGUAGAUUCGAAAGUGCUCGGAAACCAAAAGGAGGAUUCCACCCAGAACGACACCGACGCUGCGGAUCCGAGCGGGAAUGCCUCGAGCGGCAGCGUGACUGCCGUUGACAGCUACAGCUGYUCCAAUAGCAGCAUCGACGACGAUUGCAGCAUCGUGAGCGAUGGAAGUUAUUCCGCGGACGAUCUCCUCCUUGGGGACUCCCRGGAGCCAACAUCCUCGUCAUCGAUAAACCCCGGCGAUCUGUACGGGGGUAGYUUUUGCGGGAGCAGUUCCAACACGAGCUAUUCCAAUGAAUGCAGUUUUGCCAACGCCGAUGGAAACGAAGCUUCCUAUGGAACCAAUGUCGGGGACGAAAAAAGGGUCGGCCAUGGCAACGAGAGGAGCGAAAGCGUCAGCAGCAUCAUCAGCUCGGACACAAUCACUCCCUGUCUGGCUUCUUCCAUGUCGUCCUUUCCCGAAGAAGACGUCAACUUUGUGAGCUCGGACGACGGUUCCUCGGACGAGGAUGUCUCCGAGGCAUCCUCCACAACGAUAUCGUCGCCGGAAACAUCGCCGAUCGGGAAUCCAAACACGCUUCCGCCACCGAUUGCUUUGUCSGAGCACCCGGAAGGAGCCCCUGCCCCCACCAUUCCUAGGGAGCGUUCCAUCGAUUUCAACGAAAGGGUCCGCGUGAAGCGCGUUUUGUGCCAAUCCCAGCUCGUGGAGGAGGACGAGCUCGAAGACCUCUGGUUCCAACCGGAGGAAUACGAGGCGAUCAAGCGCAAGACCAUGGCCCUGAUCCGGGCCAUCCAGGAAGAGAACACCGGCGGCGUGACCUACUGCACCCGGGGCCUCGAGCGGUACUUUUGCAUUCAGGAGGUCCAGGACAAGCGGAACGACGCCUGGGACACCGUCCUGGACGAGCAGGACCUGCAGCGGUACGAGGGGGCCCCCGACCCCGAGCGCCUGUCGAGGUUGUACGCGAGGUGCACGCGGCGGUCKWGCCAGGAGGCCGUCGUGCGGGGCAAGCUCGACGAGGACGCCAUCKCCCGGUACACCCGGAAGACGCGGCAGGCCCUCGGGAGGUCUUCCUACGGCCGCGUGGCGUGAGUCGGAACCGCCGAACACCGCUGCACUACAACAAUCCUCCUGCAUGCAUACGGUGCUUUCUAACUUCUAGAAAACGAUUUGU